AUGGCGGAUUCCCUCCGCAUCGCUGGCGCAGCCAGCAGCGGGGGCCCGCCAGCAGCUGCAGCGUACGCCGGCGGCUGCUGCUUUUCUGCGAGCCGGCCCAGCGAGGACAGCCACGAUGAGGGCCCCCAGCUGUUUGCUGCUGGCGAGGGAGAGGAUGGUGGGGCCCCUUGUGGGGCCCCUGGGGAGGAAGGGGGGGGGGACAGCGCCUUCAAGAUCUUGAUUGCCACUGACACCCACCUGGGCUUCAAGGGGGAGGACCCAGUGCGCGGCAACGACAGCUUCCGAACUUUCGAAGAAGUCCUGCAAAUUGGCCGCAGAGAGAAGGUGGACUUUGUCUUACAUGCGGGGGACCUCUUCGACGAAAACAAACCCAACAGAACCACUUUGUACCGGACAAUGUGUCUGCUGCGCAAGUACUGCUUCGGCUCGGGCUCUGUUCUCUUCGACGUUUUGUCAACUACUACAGCUGCCCCUGCCCCCAACGGCGAGCUCGAAGCAACGCAGCAAGCAGCAGCAGCCGGGAGCAGCACUGCGUUGGCCGCAUCGGCCCAAAACAGCAGCAGCAGCAGCAACAGCAGCAGCAGCAGCAGCGGUGGAGGCUUCCAGACAGUUCAAGAGACCCUCCAGAUGAAUGGCGCAGCAAGGGACCCUCUUCAAGAGCAGACGCCAGGCAUAUUUCGUUUUGGACUUAAUUACUUGAGUGAAAACGUCAAUGUGUGCAUGCCUGUCUUUGCCAUGCACGGAAACCAUGACGACCCUGGCGACGCCUCUCACUUAUCUCCCCUCGACAUAUUAGAAGCCGCACAUCUCCUGGCGAUAUAUGGAAUGGGAUGGGUCAGAGACGAGCGCCUGCAUCGCGCGUACAUGAGCGGCAAAGUCACCUAUGAGGUCCCCGCAGAGGGCGACGUGAACAGUUGGUUCAACAUUCUUCUUGUUCACCAGAACAUGUACAAGGGGGCUCACGGAGGUGUUCCCGCAAAGAACUGCAUAUUGGAAAGAAUGUUGCCGUCGUUUGCAGACAUAGUCGUUUGGGGCCACGAACACGACUGCCACACGGAACUGCGCCAGUCCGUAGAAGGUCGCUGCCAAGUGCUGCAACCAGGCUCUUCCAUCGCCACUUCUCUGACUGCUGGGGAGGCUCUGCAGAAGCACGUUUUUAUUCUUGAAGUCAAGGGUGACUGCUUCCGCCUUCAGCCCGUGCCGCUGCUCACCGUGCGGCCGCUGCUAGUGGAAGAUGUUUGUCUUGCUGAUUUGUGCAAAGGGGGCCCUUCUCUUUCUUUGCCUCAGAACGGGGGGCCCCCCACCCCUCUAGGGGGCCCCUCUGAGGCUUCAGCCGACAGGCAGGCCUGGGAGGCCCUCACGGGAGUAGUGGAAGGCAUACUGAGCCGGUACAUGCACACCUACAAAGUAGACCUAAACCAAGCAGCAAAUGUCUUUCUCUCGCAGCAGCAGCAGCAGCAGCAGCAACAGCAGCAGCAGCAACAGCAGCAGCAGCUGGAGGGUCGUACUUCGCGUCGGAAGCAGUCCUACCAGUUGUUUUGCAACUACAAGUCGGGGGCGACCCAAGACAUCGCCUCUCUGCCCCGCAUAUGCUCCGGGGGGCCUAUUAUGGAGGCUCUGGGUCUCAACAUCAGCAGCAGCAACAGUGAGCUGCUGCAGCAGCUGCCGCUGGUCCGUGUGCGCGUAGAGCACUCAGGCCACAGCACCAUCAGCGCCCCCCGAUUCGCGUCUCAGUUCGUGGGGCGCGUGGCAAAUCCUGACAGCCUGUUGUGCUUUUACAAGAAGAGGGGAGGCCAUCUUCAGUCCUCUUCUGAGGGCUCCUUUAUUCCUGAGUUGGAAUUAGAGUCAGCGACCGGAGGAGGCCCUUCAGACAUCCACGACAUUAUAUUUCACUACCUCGAAGACUCGAGCGGCCUUAGCGUCUUAUCAGAGCCAGACUUCAACGAUGCUGUGCAGCAGUUUGCCGUCAAGAUGGACCCCUCAGCCAUAUCUUCCUUCGUUAACCGAAGCAUUGCUGCUGCUCGCGUACAUGCAAGGGAACAGCUGAUGAAACAACUCAAGGAAAAUAAAAACACAAACCCAUCUAAAGAGCUUGUCAGGAGCAUUAUCACUGAGUUUACCCAGGCUGCUCGCAUGCGCAGACUAGAUGAAACGGAAGGAGGACAGCCACCGGAACAGACGCAAGCAGCAGCAGCUGCAGCACCUGAUCCACCAGCAGCAGAAGCAGCAGCAGCAGCAGCAGCAACGCAGGCCGACGAAUUCUUGCAGGAGCUUCCCGUGGUCGACCUGAGCUGCGAAAAAGAGACAGAGACUGCAGACAUGCCGAGGGCUCCUUCUAGGGGGUCCUCUAGGAGGCCCAAGAGAGGGGCUCAGGACAAAGCAGGAGCAGGAGCAGCAGCAGCAGCAGCAGGAGAAACUUCAGCAACAAGAGGCCGAGGGCGCCGCGGGCGAGGAGCCCAGAGCCGAAGAAAUGUAGCAGAGACAGUUGUCAGUGAUAGCGAUGAGGCUAAGGAAGAGAGUGUAGCUGCUCGCUCGAGGAAAGGAAGGGGGGCCCCUUGCGUAGAAGAAACUCCGUCAACUCAAAGUUCAAAGCAAAGAGAUAUUCGGUCACUCCUAUCGCAGCUAUCCGAAAGAAGAGGCAUCCGCUCGCAAGCUUCAUUACAGCCUCCGGCGCACUCUCAUCUCCCACCAGAUGUGCCCACACAGCAAAGCGACGCCACACAAAUCGAUUCCAUAGAACAAACCCAAGGGGGACCCCUAGGGGGCCCCCUAGGGAGCCCCCUAGGGCCCUCGCAACCGGGCCUCCAGGGGGGAUUUCAACGCCCUUUCAAAAGGCCCAGCCCCUUCCGCCCUGCCUUGCCUCUUGGGUUCAACGCAGGGGGUGGGGGGCCCCCUGUUGGGGCCCCCUCAAAUGGAGGUCCCCAAGUGGGGGGCCCCGUAGAUCUGGGUGGCGCUCCCAGUGGAUUUGCUUGGACUAAAAGGCAAAGACAAGGUGGCGACUUAGAAUUUGGAGCUGGAGACAGCCAGAUGACGUUCGAGAGAGGAGUGAUAUGCAGAGGCAACGAAGAGGCGACGCAGCGACAAGACAACAGAACCAUCAACUGGAAGAGACGCUAA